ACAACUUGAUGAAAUAUUCGAACAAUUACAACGAAAAAAAGAAAAUAUUUCAAUUCAAUUAGAAAAAGUGUCAUGCGAACUCAGCAACUGUAAAAAUAAAUUAGACAAACAUGAAAAGUUACUGGAAAACAGAAAAGAACUUGAUAGAGCUCGUAAAGAAAAUAUUAAAGCGCUUGAAAAAGAUUAUGAAGAUAUUAAAUAUAUCAAAGAAAAUUACCAAAAAUCGCAAUCACAAGUUUCUCCGAUAGAACUUGAAAACAAAAAGUAUAACGCUUACGAGAAAUUAAAGUUAAAAGUUAAACAGCAAAUUGUACAAGAAUCAGCUGAACUUGAUGCAUGUGUCAGAGAUAUUGAAACUGAAAAUAGUAAACUAAAUUUCAAACUGUAUGAAAAACGUGUGUGCAUUGAAAAACAACAAAAAGAUGUGAAUUUAAAAAAUGAACGAAACUCAAAACUGCAACGUAUCUCUGAAAAAAUACAAAAUGCCGAAUUUGAGAGAAAUAAAAUCAGUAAACAGAUGGAGGAUCUUCGCAACGAAGAAAAAUUAUUAAGCGAGGAAAUCAAGAAUUUAAAUUCUGAGAUAUUUGACAUAAUAGAAAAACUUAAUCAACUGAAGGAGUGCAAUCAUGACAAUUGGAGAGAAAAAAUGAGAGAAGAGGUUCUACGACAGUUGAAAUUGAAUUUCAAUGGAGUGAAAGAUCGUUUGAAAAAUUUAUGUCAGGUAGAUGAUCUUCGAGAUAAUCAAGAUUAUCAAGUAGCUAUUACAAAAUUAAUGGGUGAUAACUUUAAUUCAAUCAUCGUUGAUAAUAAUAAAACGGCUAUAAAUUGCAUUAAUUUUAUCAAAAAUCGUUACGAGACUGAGAAGCAUUCAGUUAUUGAAAAAUUUAUACCGGUUUCUUCGCUCGAUCCAAUAUCUUUAGAUAUAGUUCGAAGUAAAAUAGCCGAUGAACCUGGACCACCGAUUUUGGCUAUUGAUGCCAUGCUUUGUUUAGAAGAUGAUAUAGAACUCGUCCUAAAUUGUGUACUCAAGGAUUCGAUCAUUUGUAAUUCAGAUAGUUUAGCUUCUGAUUUAUCAUCUAGAAAAAAAUUAAAUUGCGUUUCUCUUAACGGAUCGUACUAUAAAAAGAGUGGACUAUUUUCUGGAGGCCUUGCUAAUUUGCAACAAAAAACAAAACAAUGGAACUUGAAUUCACAAGAUCAAAAACAAAAUUUAAAAGAAAAAAAGGAUGAAAAAGUGUCUCGACUGUACGAGAUUCAACGUUUAAUGCAAAAGAAUGAAGAAACUAUGAAUUCCUUAAAAGUCAAACACGAAGGUCUCAAUUAUCAAUUGAAUAAAUAUUUAAAACCAACAAAGGCUCAAGUACAAAAGGAACUACAAAAAAUGGAACAAUUGCAUAGUAGUAUGGAAUUACAAACUUCAGAAAAAAUAUCUCAAUUAGAUUUAGAAAUUAAUGAAAUAAAUAGAACCAUAGCUCAAUUAGACGAGAAACGCAAAAGGAUAGUGGAUAAUCAAAAUGAAAUCGAAGACCAAGUUUUUCAAAAAUUUUGUAAGGAAUUUGGAUUUAAAAAUAUUCGAGAAUAUGAGCAGGGAAACUUCAGGAAUUGCAAAGAACGUUUAGAAACAAUAUCAAAAUAUGAGCAUCAACUAGAAGUAAUAUCCAGUCAAAUUGAUUAUGAAAAAAAUCGAGAUACAGAAACUCCGAUUCAAAAUUUAAAUGAACAAGUUCUAAAAAUACAAGAUCAGUAUAAUUCUUUGACUAAAGAAAAAGCCAAAUUAGAUAAACGGAAACUCAAAAUCGAAGCACAUAAUUCUUUUGAACGAUAUAAUGAGGUGAAGAGUGCCAUAAGUAAAACUGAAAAAAUUAUAAACCAAGAAAAUUCAAAAUUGAAAUCAAUGCAACGUGAAUUGAAAUCACUGACUGCUCUUCUAUCAAAUCAAAAUUCUACAGUAUCAAAACUUCAGGAUGAAAAACAUAAUUUACUAUUUGAUUGCAAAGUAAAUUCUAUUGACAUACCACUUAAAGAAGGAAACAUGAAAAAAUUAACUUUAACUUCAGAAGAUAAUUAUUCGUCACUUGAAUCAAGUGAACAAUUAUCAGGCAGUGAGGAAAAAAGUUCUCACAUCGAUGAAAAAUAUGUAGAAAUCGAUUACGAUCAAUUGCCUGAAGAAAUUGAAGGGUAUCAAAAUUCACCUUUAGAUAGAAUAGACCUUUUCAUAGAAAAUACAACAAAUAGAAUUAAUGCGCUGAAAGAAGAAAAGAGUAAAAUUCAAAUAGAUCAUAUGGCAAAAAAUCUAUUGAACAGUAUAGAAAAAAACGUCGCCGAUAAAAAGAAAAACUAUAAACAGAUUUUAGAAGAUCUUCGUAUUGUUAAGGAAAAUUUUGAUAAAGUAAGACACGAAAGAUGCUUAAAAUUCAAUGAUAUUUUUGAUCAAGUUUCCGAAAAUAUUGAUGAGAUUUUCAAAAAUCUGUACAAAAAUGAUGCUGCACAAGCAGUUCUAUUGAAAGAAAAUCCCGAAGAACCUUAUCUCAAUGGUAUUAAUUUCAGUUGUGUAAUUCCGAACAAACGAUUUUGUGCCCUGGAAAAUUUGUCGGGAGGUGAAAAAACGAUGUCGGCUUUGGCUUUAUUACUAGCUACAUUCCGGGUCAGGCCAACUCCGUUUCUUAUUUUUGACGAAAUAGACGCUGCCUUGGACGGUGUGAAUAUUAGUAAUAUGAUAGAUUAUUUUUCCGAAUUAAAAACAAAUACCCAAAUUAUAAUUAUAAGUCAUCGUAGCGAAUCUGUUCGUCAUGCCGAUGGACUCGUAGGGGUUUAUAUCUCAAAUGAAUCAAAUUCUAGCCAAGCCGUAUGUUUGGAUCUACAGAAAUACAACAAAGUAACAAGUGCUAAAAAUAACUUGAAAAAAUCAGCAAAGCAGAGAGUAGAAAGGUUAAUGGAAAAGAUUAAUGACUCCUAUUAA